AUGCGGCAGAACACGGUAGGUAUGGUAAAGUAGAGCAGGGUAGAGUAAAAGAACAUAAAGCAGAAGAUGGUAGCGUAGAGCAGGGUAAGGUAGGUUAAGAUAGGGUAGGGCAAGGCAAGGUAAUCUUUUUACUGCUUGUUACCCUUUUAAUCAAACAAUAUUUGUGCCUUUAAAUAUUUUGUUUCCUCUUAAACUACAACUUUUGCAUCAUCAAUAUGUAAUUUCUAAUAUAUUGUUAUCUGUCAUUUUGCUUUGUGCUCGAAGGCGUGGUAGUUGGUGAUAACAGUGUUGUAACUUCUGGGUUUAAAAAAGAUAAAAAUUUGUUUAAAAAGCUGAUUAAUGACAAAAGAAACAAGACGUCUUUGAUUACGUUAGACAUUUUGUAUACUUAAAAGUAUAUUGUACUACUCACAACAUACUGUAACUGUUUUUUGUACUGUCAGUCUACUGUAACUUUUUUCGUAUUGUACACCUACUGUAUCUGCUUUGGUACUACACAUAUACUGUAACUCGUUUUGUACGCUUUACCUACUAUAACUUUUCUUCGUAGCUUCUACGUACUAUAACUUCUACUCGUACAGGUCACAUACUGUAACUUCUUUUUGUACUCUCCAUAUUGUAAAUUCCUUUCGUACUCUCCACAUACUGUAACUUUUUUUCGUAUUCUCAACGUACUAUACAGUAAAGAAAAAAGAUUAUGGCAUCAUUUACUGCAGUAUCUACUUCAAUAUUAUACACAACUCUACUACUACAACUUACUUACGCUUCAGUAACCAACUACUAUCUCCCAGCCAAGUUUUCUGGAGAACCCAACACUGAAAAGCUACUAUUGCUAGACAUAGAUAGGAUUUCAACAUUUGUUUUACAUCACCAAAGUUUUCCUGACUUACCAGCAAAGUCCACAGUCGAUUUUGAAAAAUCGACCAGUUUUAAAAACACGACAAAAAAAUUCUUCGCCUUGGUAUCAAGUGACACUAAUGAUGAGAUUGCUUUUGGCGAUGGUCAUGUUUGUGAAGACACAUUCGAGAUUUUAGGUAAUAAAUUUUGAGCUUUUUGUUGAAAUUGAGAUUUUAGGUAACAAAAUUUUGAAAAAUUGAUUUUCAAUUGAUAUUUUUGUCGAAAAAUACAGUUUUCAGUAUAAUUAUCAAAAUUUUAGGUAACAAAAUCCACCAUGCAUUCGGAGUCGUCAACAAAGGCGAUCCCGCCUUGACAUUGGCUUCUGAUGGCACCACAGCUGCUGGCAGAAUUGGUUUUGCUAGAAAUACUUCUUAUUAUGAUGAAAAGGAUGUCAGAUUCGAAUUGUUCAAAAAUUUGAGGGAGAAUGUAUUAUGUUUUGGCACUACUUAUAGCGAGGUUACUCAGUAAGUCUAAAAUAAUUCAUAAUAAUCCAAGCGGAUUCGAACUUUUUUUGAUUUUCGACAUUUUCUUUCUAACAUAACAUUGUUGCCAAUUAAAAUAUAAGCUCAAAAUUUGCCACAGAUAUACAGUUGUAUAUGCUUUACAAUAUCUAUUUUAUAAUUUUAACAUUUUGCUCCAACUUAUAAAGAUACACCUUGUUUUAGACAACACAUCUCCAAAGUCGCCCUGGGCCAAACAAUCUACCCCGAAAAAGACUUUGUAGCAUCCGCCCAUGCCUAUACAUACGAUGAACAUGACGAUCUUAAAGAAGACGGAAUCUGGAGAAUCCAAACUGAUACCAUUUCCAUCGGUAACUAUACCAAAAAACGUGAAACUGAUACUGUAUUCACCAGCACCAAAGACGGACUUGUUUUCCAUUUUUAUGAUUUAUACCCUAUCAUGAGGAGUUUGAAAGCUGUUCAAAACACUACCGACAAGGAGUGGUACACUGACUGCAGUAACGACAUUCCUUUAUCGAUUGGAAUUAAUCGGAAAUUGAUCAAAAUACGAUUUGACGCGUUUACAGAGCAAGUUGGUGAUGGUAAAUGUAGAAUAAAGAUCAAGAGCCACGUUGAUGACUAUAUUAUUAUUGGUCUACCAUUCUUUGUUAAUAAUGGAGUCUGUUUGAACUAUAAGAUCAACAGAUUCUAUGUUUAUGACAUUACAAAUCCGGGAAUUGUGGCAGCUGGAGUUCAAGAUAACAAGGAUAACAUAAUUUAUACAAGAGUUUAUUGA